GUUUAAGAAUAUGCUACAUUUAUUAAAAAUCCUAAAUUGAGAUAGAUAUCGAUUUUCUAGAGAUAAUAUAUUAGUUUGACUAAUAGUACUCUAUAUUUCUCGAAAAAACAACACAUAUUUUAAAUUAUAAAUUUUAUUAUCUUUAAUAUAAUAUAGUAUACUUUUUAUACAAUGUGGACUAUUUUUGGUUGAACAAAAGUAAUAUAAAUCUUAAAAUUUGUGGUAAUUUUUAGUUUUUAUAUUUUACAAUUUUGGAGUAGAAUUUUAUUUUUCAUCUGGGAGAUGCCCGGGAGAGAACAUGCGAAGCAAUUUGGUAGUAGAGUUUGCAUGUAGAUACAAAAUGAUCAAAUUCAAUCUGUUUGGUUUUGUUUUUUAUUGUGUUUUUUCAAAAUGAAAUAUUAAUUAUUAUCCCGUCUUAAUAUAUAUUUAUACAUUUUUAAUAUAUCUUUUUACAUUUUUAAUAAAAAAAUACUUAAAAAUACACACUAAAAAAAUAAUCCAGACAUAGAAUUUACUUUUUGUGUGGCUGAAUAUUCAAUUUCUGCAUCGAAUUAUCAUUUUAUCACUGGUAUUUUGAAAUCAGUAAAGUCCAAACUUGACAGCUAGGAUUAAAAAGGCAAAGAGCAUAAUCCCAUAAACUCCAUAUAAUUUUAUUUUCUUUUCUCCCCCUUUUCAUUAUCAUCAUCUUCUAGCUGGCACUUGCAUUGGGCAAAUAUAGUAAUUAUUUAAGGGCCAUUUUCUAUGUUUAUUAUUGUGCUUCGUCAUACCUUAAGCACCAGAGUUGUUUAGUUUUAUUCUAAUAAAAAAUAUUGUGUCGUCUAUAUAUAACACAAACGCUAAGGUCAAUGGGAAUAAACUAUAACAUUAAAACUAAAAAUAAUUUAAAAGGAACUGCAAAUUACGCAUAUGGCAUUUCUAUUUUCGUUACAUUUUUUAGAUAUGCUACUCUAUCAUUUGAUGUUCUAACUUUAGUCUAACUCCCGUUUGGUGGGGCUUCGAGUCUCCCGAAGGGCCUUGAGCCGCCAAAGAUGUUAAGCAUAACUCAUUUCUAUUUAUUGUUGCAAUGUUUCAUGGAUAUAAUAUUUAAUUCUUUCCGUCUCGAAAUAAUCAUUAUAAAAAGUAAAAAUUUAAAUCAGACAAUAAUUUUGUACUGAAAGUGAAAAUUUAAAUUGAAAAAUAAUAUUGGUGUAGAGUAAGUGCUAAUUUACAAAAUUUAUACGUUUACUACCAGUAAAAAUUACGUGGACGUGAAUGUGUGAUGAAGAUAUUAGUCAUUAAGUUAAGAACAUCGCUCCCAUACAGGGUUCGUCAUUUGUAUGAAACAAGGUUAAUUUGUGUUAUUAUGCAUGAGCAGUUAUCAUAUAGUGUAUGUAUGUAUGGAGUUGUUCCUAGUAACAAAUUAAAAUAAUAACGGCAAUAACUAACUUUUCCAGACAGCUCUAUGAUGCAAAAAGCCAAGACGAACAAAGAAAAACACCCCCGAAAACAAAGCUGUCCAAAGGUAAAAUAAAUAGAAACCAAGAAACAAGCUGAACCCCACAUUCUUCUUGUCCACAUAAUUCUUGUAACCAAACGAACUCCAACCCUUCAAAUUUUUUGAUUUUCUAUAUAAUCUCUUCGUUUCCCAAAUACUGUCCCUCAGCCUCAACAAGACAAAUUCUUUCCUCAGAGCAAGAAAAACAAAAACAAGAAAGUGAAGGAAGAUUUUCUCCAGCCCUUCUCCUAACUCGCCUUCUUCCACUUUGCUUAACAAAAAAUUAAGUGAAAUCAUGGGAGGCUGUGCGAGCAAACCUAAGGAUUUGGACAGCGAGCAGGCUCCUGCCCCUGUCGAGAACCCUGAGAAGGCUGAGGAGAAAACAACUGAGACCAAAGCAGUGGAAGAGCCUCUAGUGGAUCUUUCUGAACCGGCAGCUGCUGAGGCACCCAAGGUUGAGGAGUUGAAAGCAGAAACCCCGAUUGUCGCCGCCGAGGAGGCCGAGAAGCCGGUUGCUUCUGAAUCAACGACCGAAGAGGCUAAACCCGAAGAGCCAAAGAAGGCUGUAGAGGAGGAGGAGCCAAAAAAGGUGGCCGAGGAGGAGCCAGUAUUGAAGGAAGAGAAGAAAGAGGAGGCCCCUAAACCUGAGGAAAACUAAAAAUCACUAUACGUUGUAGUUAGCCUUACAAAAAAAUUAAUUAUGACGACGAUUAUGCGGUGGGGGGAAAAAAAAAAGCAAAGAAAGAAAGACUUGUGUUUGUAUGAUCUUAAUUACAGAAAGUUUUUAGAGCAUUGAGGUUCAGGAAAAUGUGAAAUCGGAACUAAAAAUCUCUAAUUGUCAAUACAUUCAAAUUUCUUUGGGGCUCAUUGUAAUAAUCUAAACGCAUCAAUAAAAAUUAAUCUUAACGCAUCAUCAUUCUUGGAGUACGUCUGAGCUAAACUGUACAUAAUGUGAGCCUGUUUUGCAGUCCGGAUGCUACGACAAGUUACCAGAAAAUUCUAGUAAAAUAACUGACCAGUUGAUGUAUGCCUUAUUGUUGGAAUUUGGUGGAGCUCCCAGAUCCUGCGAUAAUCUUAGCACUAAACUACUAAUUAAUUGUUCUCAAA